GGAUUUAGUCGAUAAUGGCUCCAUGUAGCGCCAGAAAUUAAGGUUUGCAAAAUAUGACGUACUCGUCAUUAAAUGUUUUGUCCAUUUCGUUGUGUUAUAUUUUGAUAAGACUGCAGAUAUGUAACUAGUUGUUUCAUUAAAUUAUAAUGUUCUUAUAUCAUGCGAAUAGCUUUUACACAGGGAAUUUCUACAUACCUUCAAACGUGGUCUUCUCAACAUAUAUUUACGUCACAUAGUCAUACCCCAGACAUACCAGACGGUGCCAUCUAAUCUAGUCUGCUAUCGUUUAGGUAAGUUUAGUGUCAAUAUCUUAUGAAUAUAAUGAGCGAAAAAAUUAGGUGAUAUUGGAAUUAUAUCAGAAUUUUGAUUUGUGCAUUUAAGAUAACUGGUGUCGACAUGUUCCCCUAAAAACCAAACAGAAAUUGGAUCCCCAACCGGCCGCCGCACUGCUAUAGUUUCGCGCACAAAAGGAAACGCAACACAAACCUAUAUUUAGCUACGUUACUGGAAUUUGAAGGUUUUAUUUAUCAAGUAAUUGCUAUACAGGUAAAUUGGUUACGGUAUAUGAAUAUUCGCUACUUCCUGGUCUGCCGUUUAAACAAAUGGCUGAAUCGUUUGUCGUGCAAUUAUAUCGUCAGAUGUGAUAUCGGUUACGCUUUCGUAGACGUCAAGGUCACGCAAGGACAAAAUAUAUUGCGAAAUCAUUCAGAUAAGCAUGACGUUAACGGGUGCAUUGGUUUGGGCUGCACCCCAGCAUUAUUGCUGAUUCCGAACAGUUGUCUCUAUCAGCAAAUUAUUAGUGUGUUGGCAAUUUAUUAUAAUAGACCAAUAUGAAUGUCUCCAAGCUGAAUCAGCGUUUGUUUUUUAUCCUCUUGGUGUGUAAUUGUGAUAAUGGAAUGUCGGAUUCCGGAUGUAUCAACUCAGAGAAGGAGGAGAUGUUAUCACGUUUGUCAUCUAAAUUGGCGUACAUAGCAGCCGAAAUACAGGAAACAUAUUCUCUGUUAAAGAACAAGAACAUGUCGAUAUCGGGCCUCCAGAGAGACUGUCUAGCAUUGUUGGAAACAGGGAGCACGCAGAUUGGAGUGUAUAAUAUAUCUGUGACAGGAACGGACAGGACCCCGGUCUGGUGUGACAUGGACACAGAUGGUGGAGGCUGGACGGUAUUCCAGAGACGUAUAGAUGGCGCCACUGACUUCUACAGAGGAUGGGACGAAUACAGAGACGGCUUUGGUGACGUUACCCAUGAGUUUUGGUUAGGAAAUAAACAAAUACACGCUCUUACGUCAGCAGAAGAUACUGAACUGAGAAUUGAUAUGGAAGAUUUUCAAAACAUCCCUUUCUAUGCCAAAUACCAAAGGUUCGCCAUAGGAAAUGCCACUGAUAGCUAUCGAUUGGAUAUAUCGGGCUAUUCAGGAGAUGAAGGUAACUAAAUUAGUCUGAUAUGUCUACGUUUGCUUAAGAUGGCGACAAAGAGAUAUGAUUGAUUAAAUCCAUUGAAUCCUAGUUUGUAUUCCCUCCCGAAAUCAAUGACUUAGAAAUCAAUAUCCUUUUGCAACUUGGUCGAUAACGUCAUAUAUGUUUGAACAACCUGUAUCUGAUAGAGAAUGGAUGUUGUUUAUAACAAGCCAAUAUCCAAUAUGACAUACCGUCUUGGAACUGCAUU